AAAAAGGCGCCUGGUUCGACGUUCAUGCUACUAGCGGAUGUGAUAAUGAUAUGAAGGCCCCAGAAGGUUUCCGGCUGCCUAACCCAAUCGAUUUCGAGACUCAUCCUCCACCAGAGUUGCCAAAAUACUUAAAGCAUCAGGUUUACGAUAAACCUGAGGUGUUUGCGAAAGUAGACAGUCAUGCAAUCCAGGUUGCAGAGUACCAACAUCCCACAUUCAGGGACCUAAUGUGGGAUUUACUAUAUCGGUACAAAUUAGAUGAAUUAGAAAGGGCCCGUGUAAUAUUCCGAUGGAUGACUGCGAAGGAUAUGCAGAAUAUCCACUUCGAAAAUGUCCCUCCUAAUUCUCCGGAAGACGUUCUCAUGUCCUUCAGCACUAACCGCGGCACGUUUUCCAGGAUGUACGAAGUAAUGUGCAAUUAUUCUGAAAUUCACUGUGUCACCGUUAGUGGAUAUGCCAAAGGUGUUGAUUACCUUCCUGGUGACAAAUUUUGUGGUCUUCCUCCCAAUCAUUCAUGGAAUGUCAUUUAUAUUCGAGGAUCUUGGCAGCUUGUUGAUGUUCAUUGGGCGGCUCGCUACCUAAGUUCGGGAAAAAAUGUACCUGAGAAUGUUGUCUAUGAGUAUGACGAUUUUUACUUCAUGAUGGAGCCUCAGCAGGCUGUUUACAGCCAUUUUCCAGAGGAUCAGAGAUGGCAGUUAUUACCUGUGCCCCUCACACUUUCGCAAUUCGAAAAUUUACCACUUACAAAGUCUCAGUUUUUCAAAUGUGCAAUUGAUUUCUUACAACAACAUCAUGGUGUUGUUCGAACCCAGGAUGGUUGUCUGAGAAUGACACUAGGGUUUUGGCGUCCUGGAGGUUUCACUUAUAAAUUACAGUAUUUGGUUACCAGCUACAACAAUCCUGACCUUGACUCACUUACUGCAUAUCCAAGCGAACUGACAGACCAAGUUCCUAAUUUGAAUGUUGAUUUGAAGUGUUUCGUUUUACAAGAAACAACGAAAGAUCGUUUAAACUUUUUCUUUCGACUCCCAGCUUCUGGAAUUUACUACCUCACCAUAUAUGCUCAGGAACUAUCAAGUCUGGCUGUUGGUCGCGAAAGUACUUUUCGAGCCGCUUGCGAAUAUAAAAUUAUAUGUAGCUCACCAGCACGAGAUGCCCAACCGUACCCAAUUUGUCAUGAUGCUAAUUGGGGACCAGCUUGGUCUCAUGUACAUCACUAUGCUCUUGAACCAAGCCAUACAGAGGGUGUGAUCAGUAUACCUAACGAAUUAGAUUCCUCAGUUAACUCCAACGGACAUCAUACACCACUACCAAAAACGGUUGAUAUACGGUUUCAAAAACACCGACCUGAGGUUAAUUUACUAGCAAAACUUCAUCGAAAUGGAGUGUCGGACGACUUUCUUGAUCAGUAUCAACGUGUCACUGAAACAGUGCGUGAAACUUUAUUUCAUGUCACUCUACCUGAACCUGGUGAAUAUGGACUUGAAGUAUAUGCAAAUGAACCAUCUGAAGGUGAUACGUAUACACAUAUGUGUCAAUAUUUAAUACAUUAUGAAUAUCCAUCAAACUGGAGUAAUAAUUGUAUACCACGAUUAACAACUGCUGGUGCAGAUGCCGGUCCAUCUCCUGUUGCUCAUCAAUUUUGGCAUUCUAAUGAAAGAACUAAUAAUAACACACGUAACGGAAAUUUACCAAAAUACUUAUCAGCAACUUAUAAUGAACCAUCAUUAAAUAGUAGUGGUUCAUUAAGAGAAAUGUAUAAUUAUGAAUUAGAUGCACCGCCAAUCGGACAUUUGCCUAAAUUAUAUGCACACUCACAAUACGAAAAUGCAAAUCAGCCAAACUUAAAUCGUAUAAACAAUUACUCAAUGAAUAAUAAUGAUAAUUUAUGCAAACCACCGUAUGGAUAUGUACCUUCGAAAAGUAAUCAUCUUAUGAAUAAUGAUCCUACUGCUUCACCACCCAUUGUACCGUCCUCCAAUGAUCGACUAUCAAAUUUAAACCAAAAUUUCGCUAAUAUCAAACUUAAACAAAAGGAUUCGUCAUUAAAGCAUUCUCCUCGUGUUGAUGCUACUUCGGAUGGAUUAUAUGGUUACAAUCCGAUUACCUCAGACGCACCAACUCUAAAUUCAAUGAAUCAUGGUACUAAUCAAACUGUCUAUUCGCCUUCAUCAUCUCUUGUUGGACAAAAUCAUACUGGCAAUGGAAUACAACAAAAGCAUACAUCUAGUACUAGUCCGCCAAUAAAAUAUCAAAAUUCUGUUCGCUUCGAACCUGGAUCCUCUAGUUAUGUUGGCAGUAAUGGAAGUAAUAAUACAAACAUGUGUUAUGUAUCACCUCCUGGUUCAUCAAAUUCCAGUAGUCUACCUUAUUAUAACAAACAACAGUAUGAUCAAGUCACAUCUACAACUGGAGGUCUUGGUCGAAGUAAUCAACCAGCAUCAUCAUCAACUAAUCAGUUUUACAAAUUUGAUCAAAGUACAGCUAAUUGGAGUUCUGGGCCGAUACAACGAGUUCCUCCAAAAGAAUUUGCCCCAAGUCCUUUAUCAAUGGAUACAUUGGAAGAUAAACCAAAACCACAAGAAAUUCCGACAACUACUGAAAUGUCAUCUACUCCUUAUCAAUCAUUUGACAUCUUUCGAAGAAUUGAUGAACAUGCUGUCUCUGUAUCACAACAACAACAAGAUAAUUUUAAUCAGUUAAUUUGGCAGUUAAUCUAUGCACGUAAUAUUACUGAUGAAUUGGAAAAAGUCCGUGUUAUCUUCUUAUGGUUGUGCACUAAAGAUCUACAUAAAAUGAAUUUUGACCAUGUGAAACCAGAUAGUCCAGAAGAAAUCUUGAUGGGUAUACGUACUGGUAAAUCGACAUAUGCACAAAUAUUUUAUACAUUAUGUCGUUAUGCUGGUUUACAUUGUAAACUGUUAAUUGGUUAUGCCAAAGGUGCUGAAUAUGCCCCUGGUAUGCAUUUCUCCGGUCGCCAAGGUCAACAUUCAUGGAAUGCUGUGCUUAUUGAUAAGUGUUGGCGUUUGAUUGAUUGUCAUUGGGCUGCACGUCGUUUAAUUGGUAAACGUCCUAGUCCAGACAACGUACGCUAUGGAUUAGAUAUGUUUUAUUUCUUAGCUAGUCCAAGUCAAUUGAUUUAUACUCAUUUCCCACAUGACCCCGACUGGCAGUUAUUACGUCAUCCAGUCUCACUAAAAGAAUUUGAGAAUUUAGCUCCAGUCAAAUCUGCUUUUUUCAAAUACAAUUUGGAUCUAGUUACACAUCGUAAUUCUGUGAUUGUAUGCUCAGAUCCAGAAGUUCGUAUUGUCAUAGCUUUUCCAUCGGAUUCUAAAAAUGAUUUAUCAUUUACGUUUGGCUUAUCAUUUGAUAAUCAAGAAGGAAGUGAGGAGUUUCGUGGAAUUCCUUUAACUCGAUUCGGUAGACAAGAAACAUUGAUACGAGAACACACAUCAGUUUUCUACAUUAGACCACCAAGACCUGGAGCAUAUAAAUUACUUAUUUAUGCUAAACAACAUCAACCACAUCAACAUGGACAAAAAGAAGGUCUCGGUAUAGUCAGUAUGAUUCCUGAUGAUUUAAGUUCUGAAAAUUUGUUCGGUGCUGUUUGUGAGUAUCGAUUAGUAGCGAAUUUUGGUUCAAAUUGUUCAUUGCCGCCGUUUCCACCAUGCCAAUCAUCAAGCUACGGACCGAAUGAGUUGGCUAAAAAUUAUCGAAUAACAGCUCAACGUGUUGAUUGUACAUUACGUGCUGUACGUGGUACUUUGGAAAUACGUUUUGGUUUAGGCUCAUUACCAGGUUGUCCACCGCCACGUUUAAUGGCUAAACUCAAAUGUACAUUAGUUGCUGAAAAUGCUCUUUCAAAAAGUUUACUACAACGAAGUAUAAAUGGGAAUUCAGAAGCUGUAUUUGCUAUUUUCUUACCAGAAGCUGGAGAAUAUGGUCUAGAAGUGUACGCUAAUGAUCCUGUAAAAGAUGGAAAUUCUUUCUUUGUGGUAUGGCAAUAUAUUAUUAUAUCAGAUUGUGAUUCUCCAGUUCGUGGUCUACCAACUAUUCCGCCAACCUAUUUAGGUCCAGUUUCACGUUUUGAUUCAAUGGGUUUAAAAGCUUUAAGUCAUACAGAUCCAUUUAUUCAAGCUAAUACUGGUGAAUUGUGUAUUCAAUUUGCUCGGCAUCCUGAUAAACCUUUACGAAUUAUGGCACAAUUAAUACACUGUAGUCAUGAUGUAUCGGAAGAUUGUUCACAGCAAAUUCUUCAACAAACACGUGACUUCCAAAUCUACUUUGUUAUACGUUUCCCUCAUCCAGGAUUUUUCAAAUUUCAAAUAUAUGCUCUUCCUUAUACGGAACCAGGCGAAUCACUUCCUAGCGUCUAUAAUUAUCUAUUGGAAGCAACUCAGGUUAAUCGUGGAAGAAAUGGUCAUGUAAUGUGUUUUCCACAACAAUUCGCCCAAUGGAAAGAAGGUUGUUAUCUUCAUACACCAAUGGAUGGUAUAUUAUAUCCUAGUGGAUCAAAUCAACCAACUGCUGAUACUGUACCGUUUCGUGUCACCAUACCAACUGCACAUGCAGUUGCUGUUGUUGUCGGUGAAGAUUGGACACAUUUAAGUAAAGUUAAUGAUUGUUGGAUUGGUCAAGUUUGUUUAAAACCGUAUUGGGGCAUAGAAAACCAAUUAGCAUUAUGUGCUAAGUAUAAUGUUGACGAUGGAAACUAUGGCACUCUAUUAGAAUACCGAUUAGCUAAACGGUAAACAAAAAUAAAUGGAAAGAUGGAAGAUAAAGGGAUUAGAUUUUACUAAACUAAAACCUUAUGAUAUAUAUAUAUAUAUAUAUAUAUAUAUAUAUAUAUAUAUA